CCGUCAUGCUCGUGGUCUCAGCGCUACGUCAGCAGUGAUACAGAAACAUGGCGGUGUCCAUAGCGCAGCGCCGGGCUACAAACGCUCGUGUGUUGAUAUUAACUUUUGUCACAACGUUAAUUUCGCACAGCAGUGUCGCCGACACCACCGCCGACGCCUCGACGACAGAAGAGCUCCCUCACCGCCGGUUCGAGUACAAAUACAGCUUCAAAGGACCGCACCUGUCCCAGACCGACGGCAGUAUCCCGUUUUGGAUCCACACUGGAAAUGCGAUUCCUAGUGCAGACCAGGUGCGCAUUACACCGUCCCUCAGGAGUCAGAGAGGCAGCGUGUGGACAAAAAACAAAGUGGGCUUUCAGCACUGGGAGGCCGAGGUGACCUUCAGAGUGUCUGGGAGAGGCCGGAUGGGAGCGGACGGUUUGGCUGUGUGGUUCACUGCAGAGCAAGGCCUCGACGGUCCAGUGUACGGUGCCGCCGACCAGUGGAACGGAGUGGGAAUCUUCUUUGACUCUUUUGACAAUGAUGGAAAGAAAAAUAACCCUGCUAUAGUUGUUGUGGGAAACAAUGGAAACCUUGUUUAUGACCAUCAGAAUGACGGCACCACGCAAGCCCUCGGCACAUGUUUACGAGACUUCCGCAACAAACCCUAUCCUGUCAGAGCCAAAAUAACGUACUACAAGAAGACGCUGACGGUGAUGAUCAACAAUGGUUUCACCCCAGACAAAGAGGACUACGAGUUCUGCACAAAGGUGGACAACAUGAUCAUUCCCCCUGAGGGCUUCUUUGGCAUUUCAGCUGCCACUGGAGGUUUAGCAGAUGACCACGAUGUUUUGUCCUUUUUGCUGUUCAGACUCACAGAACCAGGCCAGCAGCCGCCCCCACCUGAAUCUGAGAUUCCUAAAGAAGAGAAGGACAAGUACCAGGAGGAAUUUCAGAACUUCCAGCAAGAGCUCGACAAAAAGAAAGAGGAGUUUCAGAAAGAGCACCCAGACGUCCAAGGAGAGCCAAUUGAGGACUUGUUUGAGAGCGUGAAUGACCGGGAGAUCCGUCAGGUAUUUGAAGGUCAGAACCGGAUCCACCUGGAGAUCAAACAGCUCCACCGGCAGCUCGCUAUGAUCCUGGACGAGCAGCGGCGGUAUGUGUCCGUUAUCACCGACGAGGUCGCCAAGAAGGGUGCGAACGCUGAGUCAGGACAGCUCGAUACUGCUGGUCAACAACAGUUGGGCAACGUCUUAGCCAACCAGAACGAGGUUCUCAAAAAUCUGAAUGAGCUGAGAAAUUCCUUUUACGAGUCACUGAAACAGAUCGGCUCAGUCCAGCACCAGGGGAACGCAGGCGGGCUGGGAUCAUACGAGACCAUUCAGCACUUCAACGACAUCAAGGAGCAUCUGCACACGGUCAAGAGGGACGUGGAGCACCUGGUCCAGCGUAACGCUCAGAAUCCUGCUGAGAAGGCUAUAAAGUGCCCUGAGCUGCCUCCCAUGCCUUCCUGCUUAUCUACUGUUCAUUUUGCAAUCUUCAUUGUGGUCCAGUCAGUCCUGUUCUUCUGCUACAUCAUGUACAAAAGUCAACAAGAAGCAGCAGCAAAAAAGUUCUUUUGA